AUGACUCCAACUAAAUCCCUCAACACUCGUAAAGCUCAACUUGUUUCCUCUGGCCUUGGGCAACACUUCGUAAGCCCAAGGAAAGCCAGGGAUAGGAGGAAAACUCAAACACUCGUUGAGUUGCCUGGCGCACAACUCAAGCGUCGUCGGCUACUUGCUCAAAUGCAACGACUCUUGGAUCAUGCACCCUCCCAAACAGGGUCUUCUCCUUGUACCGUGUUAGGAGGUCAUGCUGAUGAAGUCAACAAGAUGAACAUUCUGGACGACUUGGAUUUCACAGGCGCUGAAGUUGAAAUGUCAGGGGAGUCAUUUUCUGACAGGCCUGCAACCUUGGGGAGCAAUUCACACAAGCGACGUGUUCUCCCCGAUAACCCGACAAAUAUAUUAUACAAUAACUGGCGAAAGCUCAUACCUACACUCGUGGACCCGCAUUUGAAGUAUUAUGCCCGAACUAUUGGUCAAGGCUUGGACAAGCCCCACAAAGUGAUCUCAGCAUGUGCAACUCUCUCCUGUGCACAGAAAAAGACUGAUUUAUUGUGUCUAUUCUUUGACAGAUUUGAAUCGAUCGAAGUACUGAGCUGUGAAUGCUCCAGCCUUCCGCAGGUCCUCCUUCAUCAUGGGCUGUUCCCUACCGCACCUUUACAACCUCGUAUGGCAGUAUCUGUUGAUCUACUCUCCUUUUAUCGCGCACUUUUCGAGCGCUCUUGUGAUGCAAUCAAUGCUCUCGCAUCGGCUCUCAAAACGCACUAUUCAUGCAGAGGUUUUCAAGUUACUGACUCGGAGGGUAAAAUCGUGCAGGACCCAUUUCGUCGUGGUCUAGGCCAUGCUGUACAGUGGUAUGAUAUCCUACAAGUCGAAAUCGAACAGCAAGUGGACACAGUCCUCCAACACAGCCGAGACUGUGUGGCUAUUCACCGACCACCCCAACCACCUACUGUAACCAGGAAUGAAAGUUCAGCAUCAACUAUUUUGCACUUUGCCCGAUGUGCACCACUUCUCGCUCAGCGCUGCCCAGCAUGCUUUGGUGGGACACUGUAUGGGAGGCCCAUUGAUCAAGGCGCGGACAUACAUGUUGCUACAGAUGGGAAUUUUCAUCAUCGCCACCGACGUUCUGCGGGUGAUUGUCCUCACUUCUAUGAACCGACUUACUUCCUUUCAAAACAGUUUGUUGAUGCAGUUGGACGCCGAAUUGAUGGACAACGUAAGCGACCUCCGAAGCAACACACAUCCCUCGUACCUGAUGAAGCUAUCGACCAAUGCGAGAAUGCAUAUGAAGCAGCUGAUGGGAAGAAACAAAAAACUGCAAUGGACAGCUUCGACGACACGGGAAUCAUGGCCCUCAUCUGCCGUCAUGAUAUUCCCUUAUUUUUUGCUAACAUUGAUUCUCCGGGCGAACAGCAGAAAUAUUCGGUAGCGCUGAUAGAACAUCUGUUCACAUUACUCCCUUCUCAAGCCACGGUUGUUACCCUCUAUGAUGUAGGUUGUGUUCUCGCUCGGUCCCUCUCAAAGUUCGAGAUUCUCCCCCCUGAUGUUGUAUCACGUCUGCGCUUUGCGACUACGGCUAUGCAUGCCUAUGGUCAUGAAUGGGCCUGUCAGCUGGUGCACAAUCCACGGAUGUGUAUAGGCCUUGGCUUAUCUGACGGCGAGGGGACUGAGCGGCUGUGGUCACGGUUUGUUCGGUUGAUUGGUGUAGAAAGGUCAUCAUCACGCCAACGCCGUCUGUGGUUAAUUGACCGCCAAGCAACUGCGAUAGGAUCAGAAAUGAAAGCAGACCUCGGAGACUGGAUCAAACACCGUCUCAAGCGGGGCAUCAAUGCCCAGAGCUCUGCUGCCCUCGACAUUAUCAAUCACUGUGAAACGUCUGUGGAGGACCUACAGGCUCAGUGGGCUCACCAACGACAAUCUCAGCUCUCGAUUCGCGCUCAUGCUCCUGCUUGUCUCAAGAAGGAGCUGGAUACUGUUCUCGCUCUACAAGCUGACUUGGAUGUGUCAGAUCGAGCCCUGCAGACUACUAGGACUAUGCUGGAGAAGGAGGCAUCAUCCGAUGACACCUUCAAUGUCCUUGCGAGCCUACAAAGGGGCCACGAUCGUCUAAUGACUAAAGUCGAAGCAUUAUACUCUUCUCUUAAUGUUCAGGAUAGAUUCCCCGAGCUUGACGGAGUCAAUCUCAACUUCGUCCAGGUCCUUCUUAUGGCACGUGAUCUUAAGAUAAAUAUUCGAAAGCGUGCUAUUGCCAGCUUUUUUGAAUGGGAUAAGCUUGAUCGUGCUGUAGGUGGAUCCCACCAAGCAUUAGGGACAAAGCUUCACCAACACACUCGCAAAGCUAUAGCGAAACGCCAACCUGCUCUCAUGACAGCAAUUAGAAAAUUCAAUUCUUACUGUGAGCGCUUAGAGUCGCUUUACAAUCCUGCUUGGAAUGUCCCGCUUCCUACUCCCCUCCCGACAAAAUUAGCUGAACUACGUGCUGACCAGACAUUAAUGCAAGAUGUCUGGGUUACACCCGCUGUCCUGCAUGAUACGGGAAUCAUGCAUGGACAUAACUACUACUAG